UUUAUUUGCAUUUAUCGUGCUCAAUCGACGUUUAUCACCGAAUCCUUUAUCUAGAUUUACAUCGGAGGGAUAAAUAUAUAUAUUAAUAAUGGAUUAAUCAUGAAAAUUUUACAUUUAUCGCGUAAUUCCAAAGAAACAAAUUUCAUCAAAUUUCCAUUGUUUCGAUCAUAACGUUAUGUUGACACGAAGCUCAAACUAGAAUUAUUCGAGGGAAAUAAAUUAUUCGUACAAGAAAUGCGGGUUAAAGAGGUUAUGGAAUCUCUCGUGUUUGCUAAUGCUAAUGCAAAUAUCGCGUGUAAAGAGAAUCGAAUUCGAAUCGGAGUCGACAUGUAAAAAUCGAUCGUGAGAAGAUUCAAGGAAGUAAUAAAGUUUGAAAAAGCUGCAAGAGAUCAUGGUUAGAAACGAGCGCAAUUUUUUAUCGUAAUUUCCAUAAAGCAACAUUGGCGUGCAUUAAUCGAUACCGUGGACUAGGCAACUAUCGCUUCAUAGAAGAAGCAGAGAUCGAUUGUGCUCUUAUCUGAUUCGAUUGAUCGAUUGUUCGAUCUCCUAGUUACUCGCAUCCUAUUCGAUUGCAGGUUUUCACUGUUCAGUCCUAUUGUAUUGAACGCGAUUUUGCAAAUCACGAUCAAUUGAUUUAGCUUGAAUAAAGAGUUACGUUUGGUUCUUGGGCUUUGGAAAUUGGUGGAGACUAAAAUCAGUCGCGUGACGUCCGCGAACGAGUCACUAGUGAUACAAAUCGAUCUCGCGAAUAAUACAAGAUACAUCAUGACGAACUUUCAAUUUCAUACAACAUUAUUAUUGUUGUGCGUUUCGAGCUGCGUGUAUCUCGAUAUUUUACCAGUGGAAACUGAAUCUAUUUUGAUAAGGCCAUACUACGUGUACAAAAAUUUGAUCAAAGGAGUUCACGAUUACUUUAACAACACUUGCAUCAUACUUUUCCACGGGUCUUCAAAAUUAAUAGAAGAGGAAGGUUUGCAAGAAAUGGACGGACUUUUGACUCUUCAAACGCAAUUUAGCAAAUAUUUGCACAUUCGAACCGUGAUCAUGGAUUUUCAUAUGUUCAAGAAUCGAGUAGAGAAAACUUAUCAUCACAUCAAGAGGCCGCUGUUCGUGUUGUUGAACGAUUUCAAAGAGAUCAGGGAGCAAUUCGUUUCGGUGUCCAAGUGGAUCACGAUGGCUUAUCCGACAUGGUUGUUGUUCCUAAGGGAUGAGACUAGAUUCGAAGAGUUUUUGUCAGACGUUUACGUACCUUUCGAUUGUGUUUUUAUGGUGGCUCAAAGAGAUUCGCAGGGAACCGAGAUAAUUCAAGACGUGUAUCGAAUCGGAAAGGAGGAUUAUCUGAGAUCAAUGAUGUUCGGUAUGUGGAAUUCGAGUCAUGGAUUCCAAGGACCUCUUCUCGGAUUGUAUCAACGCAGGCACGAUCUACACGGGCAUAACAUAAGGGUGGUUGCCAUUAACGACCCUCCUAUCUCACGGAUUUCCCGCGAUGAGGCUGGCCAGCCGUUCGGAAUCACCGGUUUUUUCGGCGAGGUUAUUCAACUGCUGCAAGAAGGAAUGAAUUGCACGUUUUCGUACAAGCAAGCCGAGACGUGGGGCGUCCAAUUGUUGAACGGUUCGUGGACGGGUUCGAUACGGAUGUUGAUAGAGGGCGAGGCGGAUCUGAUCGCCACCGAGAUGAUGAUGUCUUCCGAUAGGCUGGACAUAUUGAAAUUCACGACUCCCAUUUACACGAGCAAAUGUCGCGUAUUCAUCAAGAGGCCGGACAUUACGGCGGUGAAAUGGAACGCGUACUUGGCACCGUUCUCGUGGAACAUUUGGAACGUGAUAGCGCUGACCAUUGUGAUCGUGACUCUGACGAUCGCAGGAAUCGACGCCUUCUCGAGGCGAGUCGAGUGGCUCUCCUCGAUCGACGCAAGGCCUCGCCCCUCCAACGAUUUAUUCGAGAUCCUGUUCCACGUGUUCGGCGUGUUCUGUGGACAAGGUAUGGACCAAUCUUUGCUGGAUCCAACGAGGAUGGUGCAUCUGAGCGUCCAUUUGACGGCUGUGGUAGUGAUCGCGGCAUACUCGGCGGCUUUGAUCAGCUACUUGGCCAUCAAAACGUUCGCGAUGCCGUUCACCACGAUGAAGGGUUUACUCGAGAAUGGUGGCUAUCGCUUCGCGGUGGUCGCUAAUUCGGCCGAAUACAGUUUCUUUCAGAACACGACCGAUACCGUGCUCACGAUCAUGUUCGAGGAAUUGUUAACCAGAGAGACCGAUCUGCCUGUGAAUUACCUCGAUGGUUUGGAACGCGUCUGCCGGGAGAAGAAUUAUGCGUUCAUGACGUUGGACAAUAUGGCUUCUGUGCUGCAAGGAAAAGUGGACUGCGUUCUCGAACCUUUGGACGUGAUCAUGCAAGUGACCAUAGGCAUGGCGGUCCCGUUUCAAAGUCCUUACCGUGGCAUCAUCGACACCAACAUUCUUUUACUGCGGGACAGCGGUAUUCUUCAACGGCUGCUCAAGAUCGAGUGGUCGAACGAGGUACGACAGACGGAAUCGAGCAAAAUAAUACAAAAACGAUCCUCACCCGAAUGUCGGUACAUGGUCGAAUUUCCUCGGUCUAAGAUACCUUGCCGGGUAAAGUCGAGUUCCGUACGACCGAUGCAAACAAGUCAAACACGCGUUGUUCCGAGACGCUCGAUAUCGAUCGAGACUGCGACUAGUGCGCAUGCGCAACGUUUCAACUUCGACUCGACGGAGAAAAGCUUAAUCGCACAGAGAAACGUAUGGAAAUUAUUCAGAAGCGAAGUCUCACAAGUUGGAAACAAGAUCAAGGAUAAAAGUAGCGAAGAAAAAGGUGAGAAAGAUGCAACGAAGAAUUUCUCUAGAGAAAGAAGUACAUUGGCCGAAAGAGUGGCAACGCCUAUCGAUGGGUUACCUUUACCUCCAGCACCAUCGACACCUCUCAGGGUGAUAAAUCGACAAGACAAUUUGAAAAAACUCGAGUUCAACGGGAUCAUUCCACCCGAAAGGAAUUCCUCUUUCUGCGAUUUGAUGUUCUACAUGGAGUAUCUCGAUGAUAUACCGAUGAUCGAGCGCGAAAGGGAAGAGAGAUCUCCACGAUUGUCGGCCAAUUUUUUAACGAAACAUAUUAAUCCCGAGCAGAGGAGAUUAGUCGUCGCUUUUUUGAUACGCGUUGGAAAUCAUUGUCGAUUCCCAUCGUACAUCGUGUAUCAAUCGGUUAAGUUGUUCGACGCCGUUAUGGAUAAAGUUUCGGUGAAGACGAUGUUCUUCCAAUUAACGGCAUUGGCUAGUCUGUGGAUCGCGCUCAAGAAACAGGAAAAUUAUUACAAAAUUCCAGCGGCUAACACAAUAGUGAGCCUCGCCCAGGAUCUAUACAUGGGAAGAGAGAAUCUGCUGAUGGUCUACGAGAGAAAGAUCUUGCACGUUCUCGAUUUCAACAUCACGUUUGCUGAUGUAUUUUCUCUAUUCUCUCAUCAUCUGUUGAGCUGCAUACGUUACAUCGAUAUAUCCAAUGAGAUGAUUGUGUUUUUAUAUCAUUGUGGCUGUUACCUGAUCGACAUCACGUUGGUAGAUGAACAUUUUUGUCGAAUACCGGCAAGAUUGAUCAGCCUAACGAUAAUAGAGCUGGUGCUUGGUCUCAUAGAUAACACGCCUCGAUGGUUAUUCUGGAGAGGUUUGCUCUUUGCUAUCAUUCCACGUUCACCGGACGAUAAGUUUCAAGAUAAGGAGAUCGAUGAAACGCGUGUUUUGAUAUUGCGACGUGUGUUACAUUCUGGGCAAAAAGUCCAUGGCUUCGAUAUGGUGUACAAAAAAUACAAUCGCAGUAGAUACGGUCGCAUAUCGCAAUUUUUCUUGGAGCUGGUUACCAAGCUGUCUUAUACAGAGAUAUAUUUCGAUCCGUGAAUCGAUUUUAUUAUUAUAUUCUAUUUUUAUUAUUAUAUUCCAUUUGCAAUUUUUAUUUAUUUUUAUUGCUUAUAAGUGAAAAGAAAGUGAGCGAGUACGAAUGUGUGAGAGAUAAUAAUAAUAAGAUAGAUCGUUGAAAUAAAAAUAUCGAUAGUGUCUGUUGC